CAAACACAGACCGAAGAAGAGGUCAAGACUGAAAACGGAAGACCCAAGACUGAGGAUAUAAGAGAGAAGACUAAAAGCCAAUCCCGCAUCGUGCACCGCAACCGCAUUGCCCGCGAGCCGAUCGUUGAAGUUGGCAUUGAUAUUUGAUCACAGAGUACUUUCUCUGUACGCUGGACGUUCGCGAUAUAAGCUUGUUUUGCUGAUUGAUUCCCAGUCCGCCUGUGUCGCUGAAUAACGACUCUAAUAAAUACACAACCAUCCCGUCCCGGUCCUGACACCUGCCCCUAAAAACCCCGCCAACCGAGUCUCGCGUCGCCGCGCCUCCCCCCAGUCUCGACUGUACUUUUCCAGUCUUGGUCGCCCUAUUGGUAAUAUUGUGUAUCUUUCAUUGUUGGCGGAGAUUCGCCGUCAAGAUGGGAGGCCAGGUCUCAAAACUGAUGGGAAAGAUCUUCGGAUCAAAGGAGAUGCGACUCCUCAUGCUGGGUCUCGAUGCCGCCGGAAAGACGACCAUCCUCUACAAACUCAAACUCAAUCAGGACGUCACCGCGAUCCCCACCGUCGGCUUCAACGUCGAGUCCGUGACCUACAAGAAUGUCAAAUUCAACGUCUGGGACGUUGGCGGCCAGGACAAGAUCAGGCCACUGUGGAGACACUAUUUCACCGGAACCCAGGGACUUAUCUUUGUGAUUGAUUCAAACGAUCGCAGCCGCAUAGAGGAGGCCCGCCAGGAGUUGCAUCGAAUCAUUCUGGACCGUGAAAUGAAAGAAGCUCUUCUUUUGGUCUUUGCCAAUAAGCAGGACAUCAAGGGCGCCAUGGAUCCAAAGGAAGUGACCGAGAAACUCCAGUUGAACCAACUUAAAGACAGGAUAUGGUUCGUCGUGCCGAGUUGCGCAACAACCGGCGAAGGCUUGUUUGAGGGAUUGGCUUGGCUCUCCAACAAUGUCAAGAGCCAGCAGCAGAGACAGGGAUGAACAUGCCCACGCUACGCCCUUCCGACUCUAUUUUCUUUUUUCUUUCUUUCUUUCUUUCCUUUUUGUUUUUUUACUCUUGUUCAUGUUGGGCUAUUUCGUAAUAAUGAUGGCUGAUGUGACAUAUGCAUAUGCACUUUUGAGUUUUCCCUGGAAGCCUUAUGAUUUGCAGCCUUGUUUCACUGAUUUCUUUUGCUCUUUGCAAGGAAUCCUUCAUGUUAGAUGAUAUCCCUUCUUGUUCUGGUGUAUUGGUUCUAUAAACUUCCUGACCUUAUAUCCUCUCUAUUAUUUUGUAAUAUACCCUCCUGACACAGGGUUUUCUUCAUUUCCUUUUUAAAAAACAGAAGAGAAAGACACAC